GGAUUAAAAAGGCAUUACUAAUCGAUCGACGCCGCCAUUGUUCUGCUGCUCCUGUCUGCGCUAUCUGCACUCGCUUUCUGUACUUGACAGCCACAGCUGCUUUCAGGGUCUGCUCGUCCUCUUGGAGAAAUGGCAACAACCGUAAAACUGAACACCGGUGCCCAAAUGCCCAUAGUGGGACUUGGAACAUGGAAGUCUCCCCCGGGCAAGGUGACCGAGGCGGUGAAAGCAGCCAUCUCGGCGGGCUACAGGCACAUUGACGGAGCGUUCGUGUACCAGAACGAGUCAGAAGUGGGAGAGGGCAUUAACACCAUGAUCAAGGAUGGCGUUGUCAAGCGAGAGGACCUUUUCAUUGUUAGCAAGCUGUGGAGCACGUUCCACGAGAAGUCCAUGGUGAGGAAAGGUUUCGAGAAGACUCUGAGUGAUCUUAAACUGGACUACCUUGAUCUCUAUCUGGUUCACUGGCCCAUGGGUUUCAAGGCUGGGGAUGAGCUUUUUCCGUUGGACAGCGCCGGAGAAACAAUCAAUGAUAACACUCAUUUCCUGGAGACAUGGGAGGGGAUGGAGGAGCUGGUGGAUGCUGGUUUGGUGAAAGCUAUCGGGGUGUCCAACUUCAACCAGGAGCAGAUUGAAGCCAUUCUCAACAAGCCGGGCCUCAAAUACAAGCCGGCCAACAACCAAGUGGAGUGCCACCCCUACCUGACCCAGGAUCAGCUGAUCGCCUUCUGCCACUCUCAGGGCAUCUCAGUGACCGCCUACAGCCCCCUGGGCUCCCCCGACAGACCCUGGGCUAAACCUGGAGAACCCUCUCUGCUGGAAGACCCCAACAUUAAAGCCAUCGCUGCCAAGCACAACAAGACUCCUGCUCAGGUGCUGAUCCGCUUCCACAUCCAGAGGAACGUGAUCGUAAUCCCUAAGUCCAUUACACCUCAGCGCAUUCAGGAGAACUUCCAGGUGUUUGAUUUUGCUCUGACUGAGGAGGAAAUAAAGACUAUAGUCGGGUUUAACAGGAACUGGAGAGUCUGCCCGAUGCAAUGGAGCUUGAAGCACAAGGACCAUCCAUUCCGAGCUUAAUUCUGGAAUGGAUGAAUUUCCACAGGUUUACAGAUGGAGCUGGAGAAAGCCUCGGUGCAGAUUGCUUGUUUCUUCUUUAGGGCAGUUUAGAUAUUUAGUACAGCCUUAUCUAGACUUAUACAUGUGUUGCCCUCAGGAUAAAGGUUGAAUGCUUUAGCUAUCCCUUUUUGUCUAACUGAAAACAGUUGACCCAUUGAUUGCACCCUCCUGAGACCUCUUAUACAUCAUUAGGGUACUGGUAUUUUUUCAUAAAUAUGCUUUUUCUUAGCUGGCUUUAACAUGAGUUUUUAUUUGUGUGUCAUGUUAUGUUACUGAACAACCUAAAUAUGCACAAACAAAAUGUUGUAUUUUCAAAGUGAAUAACUGCUCUGAUUUGUUUUUGAAACGGGAAUAGCAAUCUACAAAAUCAUGGACCUUUGCAUAUGUAGAUUUGCAUGAUGUAGCACAUGUAUAGUACCCAGUAUUCAUUCCUGUUUUAAAUCUAAACACUCCUCAUGUGUCCUAACCUAUUUCUACCAGAGAGACGCAUUAGUGCCUUUGAAUUUAAGUCUGACCGCCAAAUUAAAAGCGCUGUUAUGUUUGAAAUUCAGCAUUUAAUACACAGACUCGUCUUGCGAUGACAAAGUAUUUGUUUACUUUUACUCGUGAGUCAUAUGGCACUAUUUUAAAACCCUCUAACCAAAUCUUUGCUUUCACUUCCCGCUUGCUUUUGUACGGCGUUGAAAUAAAGUCCUGUGGGAGACAAUAAAACAAGUUGCUGCA